AUGGAGCCAAUGACUAUGUCGCAGAUCUUUAACGAUCCGUUGUUUAAUGACAUUUCCGAAAGUUUUUUGGAUGGAAUCGAUGUAAACGAUUUCUCUUUCGAUGUGUCUGCAUUUUUGGAUAGCCCUGAUGCGAAAAAUAUGGAUGAUGAAGCUGUCUCUAGUCGGUCUGAGAAGACGACUUUAGAAUCACUUCUGAAGUCUGAACCAACUUCAGACAUUUCUACAACAAAUACAGGGCUGCAAUUAUGGGAAAAUGAACAUAACAAAAAGAAUUUCUCUUGGGAAAUUCCAUCUGUCCAUCGUUCUACAUUCCCUCAAGUAAAGGUAGAUGGUAAUGUUUGUGCACCCAUUCAGCGUACAUAUGAAGUACCACUAAUAUCCAGGCUAUUAUGCGAUUCUGAAAUCCAAAAUCUUAAUGAAAACGGGGUAGAUUCAAGUAGAUCGUGUCCCAUUCAAUACUCUUCGAUCAGCUCAGGUGCUGAGAAGACACACUUUGUGAUCAACAAGAAUGAAGGAGACAACAAAGUAAAUGUAGAGCAAUGUGAACAAAAACAUGAAACCAUUAAACGAGCACCUCAUAAUGCUAUUGAGAAACGUUAUCGUGCCAGUAUAAAUGGGAAAAUUGAUGAACUCCGUAGGCUUCUAACGCCCACAUCAUCUACUGAUGUUAAAAUGAAUAAAUCUGCUGUUCUUCGUCGUGCUAUCGAUCGUAUUCGUGAACUUGAAGAAAGAAACGCACAAUUGAACACUGAGUUAAUGGCUUUCCGUUCGUCUAAUGCCUCAAACGUAUCCUACGUUGAUUCUAAUAAAAGUACAUCCGAAAACGAGUUACUAUCAUUUGAAACAUCACCAUCUCUAGACAAUCAAAAAAUGAAUGAUUAUUAUCAUCAAUGUAAAACUUCUCCACAAAGUUUUUCCAGUGAAUGUAUACCAUCAUCAAUUAAUCAGGUAUUUCAUUUUACAGGUAAAUCUAUUCAACCAACAAGUUUAUCACCAUAUAAUUCAAAUGGAAAAGAAGUAUCAGUAAAAAAAAUGAAAGAAUAUUCUAAUUCAUUUCAUUCAUCGUCAUUAUCUUCUGCAUCAUCAUCUUCAUUAUCAUCACCGCCAUCAAUUAAUUCGCCGCCUAAUUUCCAAUUAAAUAAUGAUAUUAAAUUUAUUACUAAUUCACAAUAUUCUUCUGUUUCACCACCAUCAUCUUUGUCAUCAUCAUCACCAAUAGGAAUAUCUAACGGCAUUUUCAUUCCAUCAUUUGUUUUACAGCAUCAUGAUUUAUAUGAUAAUAAUUGCAUUAAUAAUGAGAAUUUACCAGCCCAUCAACAAUAUCAAUAUUAUCAUCCAUUAUCAUCGGCCUCUUUGCUACAAUCGUCAACUACUCAAAAUUCUUAUGGAUCGCAACAAUUAUUCUGUACACCACAUUCAACUGUUAUUUUACCUGAACAAUCAGUGAUAAUGAAAGAUGAUUGUACUCGUAAAGUUCAUCGUAAACGUUUAGCCGAUGAUUCUAAUGGUGGUGGAGGACGAGGAGCAUCGUUUACUCCGACCAAGGCAAGAUGUGGCCAUUUGCUAGUUAAUCAUGACUUGGAAGUAAAAAAACUAGCUGUCCCACAUGUAAAAGAGAAAUUCAACUUAAUUUCAACAAACAACAUUUAUAAUAAUAAUAAUAACAAUAAUAAUAAUAAUAAUGGUAAUGGUAAUAGAAAUAAUACUAUACAGGCACAGUUCCCUACUGUAUCUAAUAUGCCAAAUGCUAUUGUAAAUCAACAAAAUCAUCCAAUUAAUGGUGGUUAUAAUGAAGUGAUAGCCCGAACUACUCUAUGCGUUGCUGCUUUAUGCCUUAUUGCUUUCAAUCCAGCACAAAUAACUAAUCAAGCAUAUAUGAAUACUGGUGGUACUAGUCCAAGAGACAAUAAAAUAUCAAAUGCUAGAACUUUGCUCUCGUAUUUCGAUGCGUCUACCAGCACAACUUCCAAAAGCGGGAACAUAAUCGCAACAAUUAUCCCUAGUUCAUGGCUUAUAUCAAUAAUGUAUAUUUUACAGUGGUGUAUUGCUUUAUUAUUAUGUUCAUGGGCUUGUUAUAAAAAGCACAUACAUGUCCAUCUUUUUAAUUAUAGUUAUUAUUGGUCAAAGUCAAGAAAUACUGUAAUCUCAUCGUAUGAGGCUAAAUCACAUUUUAGACAAGCUAAUUUAGCUAUUAGUCAGCUGACUUGGUCUGUUGCUGAUUACCACUUGAGGCAAUGCUUACAUUCACUUGGCAGUACACAUUGCGAAUUGACUCAAUCUGGAUCAACGGUUUCUUUUCCUCGAUAUAUUUAUUUAUGUAUAUGGUUUCUAAUUAAACUCGGCAUUAACUUGCUUAGUAUAAUUUUAAUCGAAUUGCCUUGUUGGCUUUGGAUGUGUUCUUUUAAAAAGAAGGUGGAUCAACCUAAUCCGAUAAUAAACAGUGGUCAUUCAUACUCUAAUGAAAAGAGUAUCAUCUCUGCAGCUGAAGUUCGUCUACGCUUAAUGGAAUUAUAUUUAUUUGACUAUGUGCCGAAAAAAGCAAAUACAAACAAUUCUAUGCUUUUUAAGUUCAACCGUUUACUGGAUAGUAUCUCUCUAGCUGUGAUGUGUAUUCACGAUUUUCUUCAUUCUAUAUCUACUCAACAAAUAUAUUGUACCAACGACAAGUUACAUGAAAUUAAUCAAAAUAUAGGAAUAUCAUCAGCUGUUGAUAACAAAUUGCCUAUCAAUCUUUUACCUAGACAAGGUGUAACACUUGGACUCUUUCUAAAACGAAAACUUGGAAUGUAUUAUCUUGGUUCUCUGAUCAUUCGUAUGACAGUUCAUGUGACUCUCCGAUUUCGUUUGUCGAAUUUAUGGAUAAAUUGGUUUAACAAUUCAACAUUUAUCGAAUUAAUUGUUUCAAAUCAAAAGUUGAAUUCGUGCGCUAUAGGUAUCAAUACAACUUAUUCAUCAUCAUCAUUGACCAGAUCUUCUACAAAGGCAGUUGGUUUACAUGACCAUUCAUCCAACAAAAAUCUGUCACUAGUGAAUUAUACAGAAAAGAACAUUAUUAAUCAAAUAUUGAUUGAAUUACGCGAGCAUAUUACUUGUCAUUGUUUAAAGGUUAUAUUGUAUGGUAAAGUUGAUCAAGUGAAAAGUUUACAGUCAUAUAUUCAUCUACUGUCGCAAUUAUCACCCUCAUUAAAUGUAUACAAUAGUAAUAUGAAUAACUACAGAACUAGUGAAAUUGAAUAUGAAGAAACUAGUGAUCAAGUUUCAUGUGCUCACUGGUGGGCUCAAAUGUUAAAUAUUCUUUGGGAAUAUAGGUGUGAUCAAUUGACAUUACCUUUACAAUCAUCAUCUUCAUCAAAAUUGUUGGUAACAAGAAAUCAGUCAAAUCAAGUAUAUCAUGUUGUUACACCUCAAUCACUUUUCAACUGUCCUUGUUUGGGUGAUCUAGUUAAAGUUUUAUCGAUCAUUAAUAAAUUUGAUUCUUUGGAAUGGAAAUCAACUUCUUGUAUGCUGCACAGUGUAUGUUCUUCAGUAAGAAAUCUUAGGAAAUCUUGUCGAAAUUUGACUAAUAUCAAUACGAUUAAUAAACAACCUUCUGAAUCCGAUCUUCAGUUAGAUUAUAUGCGAUUCAACUUUCUGGCUUGGUCUAUGGUCGCCACUAGUUGGUUUAUUGACGUUUUAAUUAUAAAAUUAAAAAGUCUCAAUCAUAAUAAUAAUGGUGAUGAUAAAAUAAUGAAGACUAUAACAACCAAAACGAUGAAAGAUCGAUCUACAGAAGUAUUUCAAGGUUUUAAUGAUGCUUUGUAUUUAUUGCAUCAAUUAGUUGAUUAUUUUAAUAUGCCUGCAUCGAAUUGGAUUAGAGUAAAGUUACGAAAUGCGGAAGCUGUUCAUCGUUUGCUAACUGGAGCAUGUCCGACUCGUGCACGAUUCGCUCUCUUACAAAAUUAUAGUCUCUCUUGUUUGGCUUCCUCUUCUGUUUCAGGGAAUAUUAAAGAUAAUCCAAACAAACUGGAAAAUAGUGAUAUUUCCAUUUCUAAUGUAUCUAACCAUAUUAGUAGUUGUAAUGGUCAGAAUCCACUUGACUGUCAUGAUCAUUUAAAUGGGAAUGCAUCUGCAAUAGUUAAUCGGUCAUCACAGAGGAAUGGUAUGCUAAUACAAUCACCGGGAUGUUGA